UGUCUGUUGUGUAUUUAUUCUUGGUUAGAAAGCAAAAUAAAUAAUUCUUGUAAUAAAAAGAAAUAAAUAUUCCACAAAAUGAGCAGCUCCGAGGCUUCUUCGUAUGCUGCGAGUGGCAGGCAGGAAGUUUUAUAUAAAGUAUUUGUUCAUCGGGCGGGCGAAAAAAAUCCUCCUUUAGACAAGGAAGAACUUGAAGAAAUGUUUGCUUCGGUAAUCGAACCAUUUAAAGUGAAUGUACCCAAAAGUGGCGAAUAUGGUUUCGCCUAUUUUGGAUCUAGACGAGAUGCACGUGCUUGUAUUGCUGCAUUUCAUAAGCAACCACCUUUUUAUUAUAGUGUGUAUGUUGGGCAACCUGAAGUAGUUCCGAUGAGCGAAAAAGAUCUGAAAAGAUUGAGCUUAGAAUUGCAAUAUAAAGCAAAACGCUUGGAAAUUAUUAAUUUACAAAUGCGUGAAUUACGAUUGGAAAAGAGUAAAUUGACAAAUGACUUAGGAGCUCUUAGUGAUUAUUGUGGCAGUGAUACCGAAUUAGAAGAAAUCGAAUCUGAUGUUUUGUUAAACUAUAAUUCAGAACAAGGCUCAUACUUAAGUGAUGCCAAAGAUGAAGAACUUCGUUUAGACAAAAAGCGAUUGCGUGAUAAAUCUCGAUCACGCGUAUCUGAAAUUUUAGGCCAACAUGAUAAAUCCGAACAUAGACGUGAUAAAUCCGAACACAGACGUGAUAAGUCCUUACAUAGACAACAAAGUUUUAAUAGUACUACUAAUGGACGACAAUCUAGAUAUAGUAUGAACGUGCAACAUAAUUCUAACAUACAUCAUAAGGAUAGAAAUACUCGACACAGUCUUGGUUCGACAUCGUCGAAUGGUUAUCAAAAAACAUCAACAAAUGUACAAGAGCGUAUUAGUCGAGUGUCGUCGGCAAAUAAAGAAAAUAUUCGUAGUUUUUCUUCAAAACAACAAAGUAUUCUUGUUGAAACAGUCCCAACGGAUCGAUUUGUUCAGGCUACAAUACAAUAUAUAAACACAAAAAAAAAUGAAAUUUGGGUUAGUUUGACAUCAAAUAAUGAAAAAUUAAAUAAAAUUAACGAUUUACUUGCUGAGGCACCUAAACAUCGUAUUAUCCCAGCAUAUGAUAUUCAUAUAAAUUGUUAUUGCAUUGUGGAAUUUAAUGGUAACGGGAUCUGGUAUCGUGCUCAAGUUAUUGAUAAACACGAAUCAGAUAUAAACAUUUUACGUUUAAUUGAUUAUGGAAAUCAAAUUACUUGUAUUGAUGCUCUUGUUAAAAUGCCGGAAUGUUUGUAUGAAAUUCCUGCACAGGCAAUACAGAUUUCUAAUUCGUCAUUAAACUUAGAACAAUUAAAUACACUAGAAAAAAUUAAUAUCAGAACAAUGUCAAAUAACAAUAACAUAACAUAUUGUGAAAUUUCUUCAACUACUGAUGUUAUUAAAAAUUUUGAAAAUAAAUUUUUAAACAAUACAAAGCAAGUAUCAUCAUUUACACAAGCUAACAAAAGUUUGAAUUCUAAGCAAUCUGCUACGCCCGGCAAAAAGGUUUAUGAUAAACGCGAAUGUAUUAUAAACUCUUUAUCGUUAGCGCAUAGAGGCACAUUAAAAUUGAAAACUGUUGUUGACUCAAAGUCAUGUAUAGCCCAACUGACAAUUAUGGGUGAUGAUUUUUCAAAUUAUGUUCAAGCAAUACAGAAUAUUUGGGAAAAGUAUCCAACAGAAUAUAUUCAGCCCGUUGCUGGUGAUUUAGUUUGUGUUGAAAAUGAUGUUGAUGAAGGUUGGUCUCGUGGUUACGUGAUGGAUAAAUUGAAUGCAAGCAAUGGAUAUCGUAUUGCUUUAAUCGAUGAUGGUAUUUAUAUGAAUAAUGUUACAAAAUGUUGUAAAUUAUUACCAGAACAUGUAAGAAUUCCAGAUUUUGCAUGUUUAUGCGAAGUCAUCGAUGUAUUAUGUAAUCAACAACAAUUUAUGAAGUUAUUUGCGGAGGAUAAAACGUAUAGUUUUAUAAUAACAGAAGUGGAUGUUGAAGGAACAACGAAUAUACCAUAUGUAAAAUGUACAUUAAAAGAUCGAAAAACAAAAGAAAAUAUUUGUGAAUUGAAAUUAUCUAGUUGGAUAUUAUCAAUGAAACAAGAUUCUACCAAUCAUAUUGAUUCAAAUGGUAUACAAAAUGUGGAUAAUCAACCAAAUCCAAACAAAAACUUUAAACAAACAGAUGUUAAUGAAAAUCAAUCCAAUUCUGGUCGAAAUUACAAUCAAAAAAGAAAUUUUGAUAAUCAACAAACACAUAAUAGAAAUAAUCAAUUAUAUGAUAAUCAACAAACUCGUAAUAAAAUUAAUAACCGCCCAUUUGAUUCUCAACAAACGCAUAAUAGAAAUAAUAACCAAUCGUUUGAUAAUCAACAAAGUUCAAAUACCAAUUAUAGACAACAAAAAGAUUUUAAUAAUCAACAAAUCUAUAAUACAAAUAAUAAUCAAACAAAUUAUAAUACAGCGACUAAUCAACAACAAAGCUUUAUGCAAUAUGAUGGUAUUAUACCAAAAGUAAAUUUACCAUCAGAAUCAAUUGUAAUGGUUGCAUUUAUUGAAUCACAACAAACUGUGUUUGUUAAAUAUCGUGAAUCAGCACAACAUUUAAAAAAAGUUACUGAGUUAAUUCAAUCAGUUUCAAAAUUGGCGCCAAUGAAUUUAAAAUUGGCAAAAAUUGGAAAAUGUGUAGCAGCUCAAUACAGUGAAGAUCAACAAUGGUAUCGUGGUGAAAUCUUAUCAAUAGACAAUGAUACGAAUAUAGCAACCGUAUUAUAUAUUGAUUAUGGUAAUAAAGAAGAAGUCAAUAUCAAUGAAACUAAAAUGUUAUCGCAAUCAUUAUUAGAUAUUCCACGUGCCCUUGUUGAAAUUAAAUUACAUGAUUUACCAAAUAAACCUUUCACAUUGGCGCAAGCGAAAUAUUUAGAUCAAUGUAUGGCUUCUAAACCUAAAUUUAAAAUGAUUCUAAAUGCAUUGCAGAAAGGCGUACAAUUAAUAAAUGAUCUUGAAAAUUUUAAUGAAAAAUUACUUAGUUUAAGUAGAGAGAAUAAUAAAAAUAAUGAUACAGUAUUACCAAAAGAAGUUGAAAAAGUACUAUCGAAAGAAGUUGUGGAAGAAAACGUUAAACCAACACAAAGAUCCUCUGAGAAUAUUUCAAUUCCAUCAACAUCAUCUAGCCAACCGAAAUCGAAUCAAGUAACUCCUACAGAGACGAACAUUACAAUUCCAUCAAUAUCAUCUAGCCAACCGAAAUCGAAUCAAGUAACUCCUACAGAGACAAAAGAAACUGUUAGUGAUGCACCUGUGGAUAUUCCGUUUGUGGAUUUACCAUUAGGAAAAACUACGAUAAUUUUCCAAAAUGUACUUGAGGCAGAAGAAAGAGUUAUUGUGUGUUAUCCGGAUGAUGCCGAAAAUUUAUUGCAUGUUCAACAGGAUUUAACUCUAGAAAUUCAUAAUUAUUUGGAAAUCAAUGAUGAGGAAACUUCAUAUAAACCAGAUCUAGGUGCACCGUGUAUUGCAAAAUUUGAAGACUCUUGGUAUCGGGGAUUAUGUUUAGCAAAUGAUAACGAAGAUGAUUCAGCUAUAAUAAUGUUUGUUGAUUUCGGUAACCAUGAGAAAGUGAAAUUUACAGAUAUACGUAAAUUACCUAAACAAUUUUUAAAGGAUCCAGCAAUUGCAUUAAUUUGUACUGUAAUGGACGUUCCAUCGGAUGUUAGUGCGGAAGACUUCUUAAAUUCAUUAGUUGAGUUAGAACGCUAUGAAGUAGAUGUUAUUGAAAAAGAAGACGAAGCGCAAUACAAAAUCCAUAUUCCUGGAAUUUCAGCGGUGAAUUAAUUUUUUUUUUUUAUUUGUCAAAUGAGUUUUUUUUUUUUGUUAUUGUGAUUAAGUUCCUGUGUACAACAGUUACGAAGAAUUUAUGUUAAGAAGUUGUAAGCAAGGCGUCGUUGUACCUGGAAAUAUACAAUUUAAUUAUUUUAGAAUUGUUUAGAAAUAUGUUCAUAAACAAGAAAUAAUUUAAUAUUUCUGAUGUGCAAGAAAAGUUAAUUUAAAUUUUUGAUUAUACAGAAAUCAAUUGACAAGAAGCCAAUCUCUCGUGAUUUAAUUGAUUCGAUCUUAAUUUUGAUAAAUAUAAGUUAUUCUAAAGUACAUAAAUUGAAUUAUGUACAUUAA